AAAAUGGUUGAGAUAAAUAGAUUUACUCUGGCAGAAAAUAAAAACUUAUAAAAUUAAAUAAAAUUAUAUAACAGAUUUAUGCCAACUUGCAAUAAACGUGAAAAAAGUUUGACAUUUAAUAAAGAUGUUUGUUGUUAUAAAAAAUAACUUUAUAUACGAUUGAUGUAGAACAAUAUUGUGAUAAAUAAUUAACGCUCCUUUAAGUAAUAAAUAUGAAAUCUGUGUUUACAUUGUUAUAAUAAAAUUUUAUUUUUUUUUAGUUGCCUCUAUAUAAUUUUUUUAUUUUAGAUAUUAAAGAGAGAGUUUUAUAAGUCUUAGGUUACAUCUUGAUUAUUAUUAUUAUUAAAUUCACAUUUGUUAAAAUGAUAUCGAUAUUUCGUAUGCGUAUUAGUUCUGUUGCAAGUCGAAAAUUUUCUUUCUCUAAGAAGGCUUACGCAACAUAUGUCCAAGGUCAAUCUCCUCAGCCUCGUGUGCGAGAGUACUUUUACUACAUCGAUCAUCAAGGCAUGUUGUUUCUGGAUGAUGUUCGCAUAAGGAAUUUUACAUCGUGCUUUAAAGACAAAAAAUUCUUGGCAUUUUUUUUUAAACAUCUAAAAAUAAAUAAUACUGGUCGUUACAUGGAUGAUUUUCCAUUUUUGUCUAUCUGUGGUGUGGAAAGGAAUUAUGUGAGAUGUGACGACCUACCAUUGGUUUUUACAAAAGUGAUCCAGAAGCAUAAUGUGGAAACUAAUGCAGACGAGGAUUGGUUCAGUUACGCACAUGCAGAUGAUUUACUAAUGGUACCAUUUGAGCCGCAAAAAUUGUUUAUGAACAUUAAUACAGGUAGAGUGUAUCAUCCUGCACCAGAAAAAACAGGUGGGAUUGGUUUGGUGAGGUCGAAUAUAGCUAUCGAAUUUAGCGCUUUCUUCGACUUCGAAAACGGUCAGGAAAAUGCGCCGACGCAUUUCAUGUGGAAAGAUAAACGAUACGAGCUCGAUAAAAUAUGGUACAAAGACAAACUAACACGAGGAAUUAGAUAAAAAUAAUGAAAUUUUAUUCAUAAUUUAUAAAGAAACAAAGAUUUAUAUUUUAUAAACUGUUUUUUUUUUAAUAUAUACAAAAAUUAUUUGUAUUCCUAAA